AUGGCAUAUAAAAGUCAACAUGGUGUUGAUGAUAUGGUUAUGUUAUCAAAAAUUGCAAAUGAUUCAAUUUUAGAUAAUUUAAAGAAAAGAUAUGGUGGUGAUGUUAUUUAUACAUAUAUUGGAAAUGUAUUAAUUUCAGUUAAUCCAUUUAAACAAAUCAAAAAUUUAUAUUCUGAAAGAAAUUUAUUAGAGUAUAGAGGUAAAUUUAGAUAUGAAUUACCACCACAUGCAUAUGCAGUAGCAGAUGAUAUGUAUAGAAGUAUGUAUGCUGAAGGUCAAUCACAAUGUGUUAUCAUUUCUGGUGAAUCAGGUGCAGGUAAAACUGAAGCAGCAAAAUUAAUUAUGCAAUAUAUUGCAGCAGUCUCUGGUAAGGGUGCCGAUGUAUCAAGAGUAAAAGAUGUAAUCUUGGAAUCAAAUCCAUUGUUGGAAGCAUUUGGUAAUGCAAAAACUUUACGUAAUAAUAAUUCAUCACGUUUUGGUAAAUAUAUGGAAGUUCAAUUCAAUGGUAUCGGUGAUCCAGAAGGUGGUAGAGUUACCAAUUAUCUCUUAGAAAAAUCACGUGUUGUCUAUCAAACUAAAGGUGAAAGAAAUUUUCAUAUCUUUUAUCAAUUAUUAUCUGGUGCAAAUCAACAAUUAAAAAGUGAAUUAAGAUUAGAUACACCAGAUAAAUUUAAUUAUUUAUCAGCAAGUGGUUGUUAUACUGUUGAUGGAGUUGAUGAUUCAGGUGAAUUUCAAGAUGUUUGUAAAGCAAUGAAAGUUAUUGGAUUGACUGAUAGUGAACAAAAGGAAGUAUUUAGAUUGGUAGCAGCUAUUCUAUAUUUGGGUAAUGUUGGAUUUAAGAAUAAUGCAAAAGAUGAGGCAGCUAUUGAUCAACAAUCAAAGAAAGCAUUGGAGAAUUUUGCAUUCUUGAUGCAAACCGAUGUAUCAUCAUGUGAGAAAGCACUUUGUUUUAGAACGAUUUCAACUGGUACUCAAGGUAGAAGUGCACGUGUUUCAACCUAUGCAUGUCCACAAAAUUCAGAGGGUGCAUAUUAUUCACGUGAUGCACUUGCAAAAGCAUUGUAUAGUCGUUUGUUUGAUUGGAUUGUUGGUAGGGUAAACUCUGCAUUGGGAUAUAAACAAAACUCUCAAUCUUUGAUGAUUGGUAUUUUGGAUAUCUAUGGUUUUGAAAUCUUUGAAAAGAAUGGUUUCGAACAAAUGGUAAUCAAUUAUGUCAAUGAACGUUUACAACAAAUCUUUAUAGAGUUAACCUUGAAAACUGAACAGGAAGAAUACUUUAAUGAAGGUAUUCAAUGGGAACAAAUCGAUUAUUUCAAUAAUAAGAUCUGUUGUGAUCUCAUUGAAAGUAAGAAACCAGCUGGUAUCCUAACGAUAUUGGAUGACGUUUGCAAUUUCCCAAAAGGUGAUGAUCAAAAGUUUUUAGACCGUUUAAAGGAAUCAUUCUCUUCACAUGCCCAUUUCCAAAGUGCUGCUCAAUCUUCAUCAUCUUUCACCAUUAAACAUUAUGCUGGUGAUGUGGAAUAUUGUGCAGAAGGUUUCGUUGAUAAGAAUAAAGAUUUACUCUUUAAUGAUUUGGUUGAAUUGGCAGCUUGUACCACCAGUAAAUUAAUUCCUCAAUUAUUCCCAGAGAUCAAUUGUGAAAAGGAUAAAAGAAAACCAACAACUGCCGGUUUCAAAAUUAAAGAAUCCAUUGGUGCUUUGGUUAAGGCAUUAUCAGCUUGUACACCCCAUUACAUUCGUUGUAUCAAACCAAAUGGAAAUAAACGUGCCAAUGAUUUCGAUACUUCAUUGGUUAUGCAUCAAGUUAAAUAUUUGGGUCUCUUGGAAAAUGUUAGAAUUCGUAGAGCUGGUUAUGCCUAUCGUCAAACUUAUGACAAAUUCUUUUACCGUUAUCGUGUAUGUUGUAAAGAAACCUGGCCAAAUUGGACAGGUGGUUUCGAAUCUGGUGUUGAAACCAUUCUAAAAUCAAUGGACUUGGAACCAAAACAAUACUCUAAAGGUAAAACAAAAAUAUUCAUUCGUGCCCCAGAAACAGUUUUCAAUCUCGAAGAACUAAGAGAGAGAAAGGUUUUCACCUAUGCAAAUAAACUUCAAAGAUUCUUCCUUCGUUUCACUUUGAUGAGCUACUAUUAUUCAAUUCAAAAGGGUGCUGCAGACUCUAUGAAAUCAAAUAAAGAGAGAAGAAGAUUAUCAAUCGAAAGACCUUAUCAAGGUGAUUACAUAAACUAUAGAGAAAACUUUGAACUCAAAGAUAUCGUUAAAAAGAAUGGAAAUGAAAAGAUUAUGUUCACUCAUGCCGUUAACAAAUAUGAUCGUAGAUCAAGAUGUCAACGUCGUGUAUUACUUUUAAGUGAUACUGCCAUUUAUUUCAUCGCAACCGAAAAGAAUAAGGAUAAAGAAGAUCGUAAAAAGAGACCUUGGAUUUACGUUCAAAAGAGAAGACUUUUAUUGGCUGGUAUCACCUCUGUAGAAUUAUCAAAGUUAUCCGAUGGUUUCGUAGUUUUGAAAACAAUGAAUGAACACGAUCAAAUCUUUGAAUGUCGUAGAAAAACCGAAUUCCUUGGUACCCUUAUCAAAGCUUAUAAAACUGGUACACUUCGUAUCAAUUAUAACAAUUCAAUUGGUGUUGCAAUUAAAGCAAGCAAACAAGGUGGUAAAGGUAAAGAACGUAUAAUCCUCUUUGAAAAAGGUAUUAAACCAGGUGAAUCGGUUUUCAAAGGAACUAAAGUAUCAACUCCAUCCGAUGGUUUACCAGCUGAUACCGUUCCAAAUUUAACACCACCAGAAUCAUUACCAGUCGUUUCAAUUCCAAUCUAUAAACCAGCAAUGAAUGCAAAGAAUGCCCCUCAAAAUAGUGGUGGCCCUGCUUCAAAUGUAAAACCAUCCGCUAAAGCACUUUACGAUUUCGAUGCUGAAUCCUCAAUGGAAUUAUCUUUCAAAGAGGGUGAUAUUCUCACUGUUUUAGAUCAAAGCUCUGGUGAUUGGUGGGAUGCCGAGUUAAAAGGUCGUCGUGGUAAAGUUCCUUCAAAUUAUUUACAAUUGAUAAAGAAUGCUGCCCCACCAAGAGCUGGUGGUCCACCAGUUCCAACUGGUAAUCGUGCUCCAACUACAACUACAACUUCUGGUGGCUCAACUCGUGGUGGUUUCAAUAAUGGCCCAUCAACUGCUCCAUCAGGUCGUGGUGCUGCUCCUCCAUCAUCUCGUGGUGGUAUGGCUCCAAGAGGUGGCUCGGUAGCUCCUCCAUCAUCUCGUGGUGGUAUUGCUCCAAGAGGUGGUAUUGCUCCAAGAGGUGGUAUGGCACCAAGAGGUGGAAUGGCACCAAGAGUUUAA